UUGCAAGCUACUAUAUUUUAAUAAGCCAAAUGUGCAGAAUCCCUUGUUAAGUUUAACCAUUGUCAAUAAUUUACACACCCAUUGCCCCACAGAAAAUCUCACACCUUUAUUUGAAUAAAAUAUUGCGCACUCAUAUUUUGUUCAUCCAUCAAUGUUGUUUACAUCUGCUUAUCCUGACCAUAAGUACAACUUCACUCAUAAAAAUCAUAAUAUUUUUUUUGUUGGUUUGUUACUUGGCCCUCGGCUACUUUUAGCGUUUUUGCACAGGAGACAGAAGCUUUAGACGUCACUAUCCCAGGAUAUUUUAAUACUGUAAACCUAAUUUCCAUACUAAGGAAUCUGAAAAUAAAUGACUGCGUUCAAUAUGUUGCAAUUAUAUAACAAGCUGUCGCAGUUCAGUAUAAUAUGGUGGCUAUUAUAACUUAAGUAAUUGUGGAGAAGAGCGCUCUUUUAUCAGCUUCAUCACCUGUCCUUGCGCGACGCUGUCUCAUCUGCGCGUGCCGGUCACGUGAUCAUCAACAGAAGCGGCAGCAGGAGGGCGAGGAGCGGAGGAAACUGACAAGUGCCGGUCGGAGGAACAGAUAAACGGACCGUGUGUCUGCCUGCUACCGGAGAACCUCCAUUCCCUGCAGGUGAACACCAUGAACUAUGUGGGGCACCUGGCAGGCCAGGUUCUGGUGACGGUGAAGGAGUUGUACAAAGGAAUCAAUCAGGCCACCCUGUCAGGCUGCAUUGAUGUGAUUGUGGUCCGACAGCCUGAUGGGACAUUCCACUGCUCUCCUUUCCACGUCCGCUUUGGAAAACUAGGAGUCCUACGCUCCAGGGAGAAAGUGAUUGACAUAGAGAUCAAUGGAGAACCUGUGGAGCUGCACAUGAAGCUCGGAGACAAUGGAGAGGCCUUUUUUGUGCAGGAGGCAGAGCGGAGCAAUGAGAUAAUUCCUGCCCACUUGGUGACGUCGCCCAUCCCCACUGAGGAGGUUCUGAUCCGGAGCAGGGAAGCCAGAUGUGUGGGGUCCACAGAGAGCUGCCAGCUCCCUGUUGUCCCAGAGCCGGACUCGGCAAAUCCCCAGCUUUGCUCAAGCUCAUCCGGCAGAAAGAAGAAGCGACGCAGGAGGAAGCACAAAGCCGAGCCACGCAAGGAGGAGCCGACGUGUGCAGGAGGAGAGCAGGAGCUGUGUGAGUGCAGCUCGGAUGAGGAGCAGCAUGCAAACAGCGGAAGGGCAUCAUCGCUGUCAAUAGUGAAGGACAAUGUGGAGCAGAGGCAGAACUCGCCUCCCACUGCCCUGGAAUGGGACAGCUACCCUUUCUCUGAUGGGGACUGGUCUCCCUGCCCCAUGAAUCUGUCCGAACCAGCCUCGCCCAAAAGUGACUCUGAGCUGAUGGUGAAGCCGACAGAGAACAUGUUUAGGUCUGAGUCGCACAUGCAGUGGAGCUGGGGGGAGCUUCCUGAAUCAACAAAGGUCAACAAAAAGUCUGAGACAAAGACACUGAGCAUCACCCCGUCAGAGAGCACACAUUUCAGAGUAAUUCUGAGCUCAGUGGCCAUGGAGGACGAGCCGAUUGUCCAGCAGAGCUCAUCAGAGUCCGUUUGUAACAUCGUGAAGCCAGAACCUCGGACCGUUAAGCCUCGUCAAUGCAGCUACAGCCCACAGCUCCCUGAAUCACAUGGUGCAAACAAUAAGCAAGACUUUUCAGAUAGAAAGUCGAGCAGCUUUUCCUCUCAAUCAAGUCCUGCAAUCUCAAAUUCCAACUCAAAUAACGUACGGAAGCCAAAGUGGACGUCUUCGCCUCCUAGUCACAGGAACAGCGGUUCUGCUCCCAGUACAGGAAGCAGUGAAGCUGGAGAGCCUCUGACAGGAUGUCCUGAUGCAAAAGCUGCAUCUAAGACCACAGACUCACCCGGCAAAAGGAAAGUUGUGAGGAAGAGGAGCCAACACCAGGGGCCUGAGGAUAUUUACCUGGAGGACCUGGUCGCCCUUGAGCCGGACGUUGCCGCUCGGUACUUCCCAAAAAGUGAGACUGAGCCGGUACCUAAGCAUUGGGUGGAGACGGGUCAGCGCUCCGGGUCCCAGUCCCCCCAGUCAGUGGGGAGCGCAGCGGCAGACAGCGGAACAGAGUGUCUGUCCGACUCAGCGAGCGACCUGCCUGAUGUUACGCUGUCGCUGUGUGGAGGUGUGGCCGAAAACUCAGAAAUCUCAAAAGAGAAAUUCAUGGAACACAUGAUCUCCUACAAUGACUUUGCUGAGAAUCCAGCAAUCAUCGACAAUCCAAACUUGGUGGUCAGAAUUGGAAACCGAUAUUACAACUGGACUCUGGCAGCACCUUUGAUUCUUUGCAUGCAAGCUUUCCAGAAAAAUCUUCCGAAGACGACAGAAGAGGCCUGGGUGAAGGAGAAAAUGCCCAAAAAGUCCGGACGGUGGUGGUUCUGGAGGAAGAGCAGCACAAAGCAGUUGUCAACUGAGAGCAAGUUGGAGAGACAGGAGUCUGCGAGCAGAGAGAGCCCUGCCCUCCACCAGGCCCCAGAUACCCCGCAGAAAGCUUCAGAGUGGUCCAGUGAUGAAGAGACCAAAGAGCUGAACGUUGCAGCACCAUCCAUGAAACCCACUGAGCGCGUGCAGAGUGAAGGAGCGGCUACAUGUCAUUCUUACAGGAAAUCCCUCCGUCUGUCGUCUGAUCAGAUCGCCAGCCUGAAGCUGAGAGACGGCCCAAACGACGCCACGUUCAGCAUAACCACUCAGUACCAGGGAACCUGUCGCUGCGAAGGAACCAUCUACCUGUGGAACUGGGAUGACAAGGUCAUCAUCUCGGACAUCGAUGGCACCAUCACCAAAUCAGAUGUUUUUGGCCAGAUUCUGCCUCAGCUUGGCAAAGACUGGACUCAUCGGGGAAUCGCAAAGCUUUACAACUCGGUGCAUGAGAACGGCUACAGGUUCCUGUACUGCUCGGCCCGAGCCAUCGGCAUGGCUGACAUGACUCGCGGGUAUCUGCACUGGGUGAACGACAGCGGCACGCUUCUUCCUCAGGGACCUCUCAUGCUUUCACCAAGCAGCCUCUUCUCUGCCUUCCACAGAGAGGUCAUUGAGAAAAAGCCUGAAAAGUUCAAGAUCGAAUGCCUCACAGACAUCAAGAACCUGUUCCACCCAAACACUCAACCUUUCUAUGCUGCCUUUGGAAACAGGGAGAAUGAUGUGUUUGCCUACAAACAAGUGGGUGUGCCUGCGUGUCGGAUAUUCACAGUGAAUCCUAAGGGGGAGCUGAUCCUUGAGCAAUCCAAAGGCAAUAAAACAUCCUACAGCCGGCUGAGCGAGCUGGUGGAGCACGUUUUCCCACUGCGAAGCACUCAGCACUGCGCCACCUUCAGCUGUCCGGACUUCAGCUCCUUCUGUUACUGGAGGCAGCCGAUUGCAGAGGUGUGCUUCGAGGAGCUGCUGUGACUUCAGAGAUGCUCUGAUUUAAAUCCAAAACUUAAUGGCUGCUAAAGUAGCAUCUUAAAUAUUUUCUGAUGUAGGGUCAAUGUCAGGGAUAUAUUUAUGUACUCCUUUAUUUUUAAAUGAAGCAGUGCGUAAACUGCACAGAGCAUAUUUGCACUUUUAGAUUGCAAUUUAGAAGGCAAUAUUUUGUACUUAAAAAUCAAGCUUUUAUCUUGAAGUAAAAUGUCACUCAGUGAAAUGUUUGUGCAGUUGUAGAAGACUGAAAUAUUCAUCUGCAUGUAAAACUGAAGCUUGCCAAGUGCAUAUUUUGACACAGUCUUUAAAGGUUCAACUGGUUGAACAGUGUCUAAACUGACCAAUCAGAAGACUGCUUAUUUUGUUACAUUUAGAGUCUUCAGGAAAUAACAGUUCUUCUCGAUGUUUUACUGUCCAACAUAUGCGACGUUUUAUGCACUUUAAUGGAUGAACGACUGGAUUCUAGUUAACAGUCCCACAGCAUUUACCCAUUUUCAUACAAAGCUUUUUGGAUUCAAAAUGUUCAUAUGAUCAGCUUAUUAUCUUAAGAAUCACAUUUUCUCUUUCCAACCAAAGGCAAUGAAAAAUUGCCUUUUGUUCUCCUAACAAUCUCUACUGAUUGGUUGGUGCUAUAAUUGGCUCUUGAACCUAAAAGGCUAUACACAGAUUCCUGUUUUUUUUCUGUAAUUAGGAUCACAAACUGCUAAAAAACAAAAAAUACUUUUUCUACAGUUGAUCAACAAUUUUUUUUCUCAUGCAAGAACAAAAUAUUUUUGUGCACAUAAACAUUUUUUGUUGCAGUUUCUGUGAGUUGUAACCCAAGCACUUCUGUAGGGACUUAAUAGAGUCGCUGUCCCUUUAAGGCCUUACAUGUUAUUUACUUUGAACUGAAAUGCUGAGAAGAAACAACAUGUUGUGAUUUGCUGCUUCAAAUUGCAGUACUGUGUCUCGAUUCAGUAAAUGAAUGUAGAUCCUG